AAUACCCCCAAGACUCCCUUCGUUUUCCCAUCACUCAGAUUCAUUUCCUUUCGAACACUUCUUCGAGAAACAAACGUAUUAUUUUCCAAGCUCUUCAUCUGUUUCCCAAUGGCGCGUACCAAGCAGACUGCUCGUAAGUCUACCGGCGGGAAGGCUCCAAGGAAGCAGCUGGCUACUAAAGCAGCUCGGAAGUCCGCUCCAGCCACCGGAGGAGUCAAGAAGCCCCAUAGGUUUAGGCCCGGGACGGUUGCCCUGAGAGAGAUCAGGAAAUAUCAGAAGAGCACGGAGUUAUUGAUCCGGAAGCUUCCAUUCCAAAGGCUGGUGAGAGAAAUUGCGCAGGACUUCAAGACCGACCUUCGCUUCCAGAGCAGCGCCGUCUCAGCUCUACAGGAGGCGGCCGAAGCGUACCUGGUGGGUCUCUUCGAAGACACUAACCUGUGCGCCAUUCACGCCAAAAGGGUCACUAUAAUGCCCAAGGAUAUCCAACUCGCUCGUCGGAUUAGGGGGGAGAGAGCAUAAGUAGGGAAAAAAUUUCGGAAAAAUAUUGCUGUAAUAGUAUUGCUGGUUUUCUGUUAGGUUUGUAUUUUAGAUCAAUGUCAUUCUAUGUCACUCAUUUUUAGGUCGAUGUUAUUCUAUUUUGUUUGCAAUAGAUCUGGGUGUUUGAUUUA